GUAGCAUCAAAAUUCAGAGUCGCGGCGAAUAACCGAAUCUGUGUCCUUUCCCGUGUGACUCUGCACUCACUCACUCACUCACUCACUCCACACUCUCUCUGCUUCACACCGCACUCUCUCCUGUGCUUCUCUGCUCUGCCAACUCUGAGAUCUCAAAAACUCGUUUCCAUCUCUAUACGACACCGUUUCGAUUCCAAACUCAUUCACAUCUUCUUUGUGACAACUUACUACAUUUCUGCCUCCCAAAACAACAACCUCCGACUUUUCCGAAAUGGGUUGCGCACAGUCCCGAAUAGACAACGAGGAAUCCGUGUCACGCUGUAAGGAUCGCAAGAACUUGAUGAAGGACGCCGUCGUGGCUCGCAACGCCUUCGCCGCCGGCCAUUCUGGUUACGCCGUUGCACUCAAGAACACUGGCGCCGCCCUCAGCGACUACGCCCUCGGCGAGACACACGACCCCCACCCUCCGCUGCCCCUCGACCCUCCCACCGUCACCUCUGGCCCUCCACCGCCACCCCCGCCGCCCAUCGAGGACUCCCUUCCUCCCCCGCCCCCGCCGCUCCCCGAGUUCUCCCCUGUACCGCUCACGCGCGCCGCCACCAUGCCCGCUGGCGCCAUGCACCACAGCAGCCCCGUUCCGCUCACCAUCGCCGAGGAGGAGGAAGAAGAAACCCCCAAGCUGGUGAAGAAAACCGCCGGAUCCUUGUCGCCGGAGAUGAAGACACCGCCGCCUCCGAUGCCGGAGUCUAAGGGCAUGGCUUGGGAUUACUUCUUCAUGGUGGACAACAUGCCUGGAGCUUCUCUCAACGCUGAAGAUGAUGAUGAUGAUAAUAACGAUAAUGAUGAUAAUGGUGAUGUUGAUGGUAAAAUGGAGAAUGUGGUUGAAGACGAGGUUGAGCCUAAAACUCCAGAGAAAGUGCAGGAACAUGUACACGAAAACAUUCAUGACGAGCAUGAUGAGAUAAGUGAGGCAAAGAUGCACAUUGAGCAUUCUAAAACUGCUCCAGCUGAGUUUAGGAGAGCAAUAAAGGUGGUUCCUUCCGUUACUCUGAUGCAGAUUCUCAGUGUCCUUGAUGAUCACUUUUUGAAGGCUUCCGAGAGUGCUCAAGAAGUUACCAAGAUGCUUGAGGCUACUAGGUUGCAUUAUCAUUCCAAUUUUGCUGAUAAUCGCGGGCACAUUGAUCAUUCUGCUAGGGUUAUGCGCGUCAUAACUUGGAACAGGUCGUUCAAAGGUGUGUCCAAUGGGGAUGCUGGGAAAGAUGAUAUUGAUUCCGAAGAGUAUGAAACUCAUGCCACUGUUUUGGACAAGUUGCUGGCCUGGGAAAAGAAACUUUAUGAAGAGGUCAAGCAAGGUGAGCUUAUGAAGUUCGAGUAUCAGAGAAAAGUUGCAAUUCUAAACAAGCAGAAGAAGCGUGGUGCCAGCGCUGAAUCCUUGGAAAAGACUAAAGCAGCCGUUAGCCAUUUGCAUACAAGAUAUAUUGUUGACAUGCAAUCCAUGGACUCAACAGUUUCAGAAGUGAACCAGAUUCGAGAUGCUCAGCUGUAUCCAAAACUUGUGGCUCUUGUUAUUGAGAUGGCAAAUAUGUGGGAACAUAUGUGCACAUAUCAUGACAGCCAGCUGAAAAUAGUUACGGACCUCAAAUCUCUUGAUAUUUCUCAAGCUCCUAAGGAAACAACAAAGCAUCAUUACGAACGCACUUUGCAACUUUGGAAUGUCGCCCAAGAAUGGCAUUUACAAUUUGAGAAGCUUGUGACUGAACAAAAGCAUUAUAUCAAAGCUCUUAACAGUUGGCUAAAAUUAAAUCUCAUCCCUAUUGAAAGCAACCUUAAAGAGAAAAUAUCAUCUCCGCCUAAAGUGCAGAAUCCGCCAAUCCAAUACCUUCUCCACGCGUGGCAUGAUUAUGUUGACAAGCUUCCUGAUGAGCUUGCCAAAUCUGCUAUUUCCUCCUUUGCUGCUGUGAUAAAGACCAUCAUACUUCAGCAGGAGGAAGAGAUGAAGUUGAAGGAGAGGUGUGAGGAAACCAGAAAGGAAUACUUAAAGAAAAAACAAGCCUUUGAGGAAUGGUACCAGAAGCAUUUACUGCGGAAGGGGCCUGAAGAAGCAGAACAUGAAAGGGGAGAGGAAGUGAACACCAACAACCCUGUCUCGGACAGACAAUUUGUCGUUGAGAGCUUGCAGAAGAAAUUAGAAGAGGAAAUUGAAUCUCACCAAAAACACUGUGUUCAGGUGCGAGAGAAAUCACUACAGUGUUUCAAAACUCGCUUGCCUGAACUCUUCCGUGCUUUGUCAGACUAUUCUCAUGCCUGUUUUGAUGCUUAUGAGAAACUGAAGUCAAUAACACAUUCACGGGGUGGUGGGGCAUGAAAAAUUAAGUUUUUUGGUCCACUUUUGUGAAGAUUAGUUUAUGUAUUCUGAACCUAUGUAGUGUGUUAUUGUCCUCACACAAGAAGGCAUUCAUAUUUUAGCUUGACGUGCAGAAUUAUCAAUCUUGUGUGAAAAUUUUGCCAUAGCUUUUAAAGAUCUAACCGUCUUUUGUUUAUGUACUCAUUUUGCAUGAGCCAAUACAUUAGUUCGAGGUAGUUGCGUCAUGACAGUGAUUUAUUGGUCCUGGAAGUUUAUUCAACCCAUUUAGUCCAAAUCAAAAAAAGAUCAUUAUCUUCAUUCACUUUAGUCGUAUGUUGUGACUUGUCAUGUUACUGAAAUUUAUUUAUCUAAAUCAUGAAUAGUGCAUAGUCAUAGAAGACUGUAUAUUAUAACCCUUUACUGUUGAAAAUAAAGGUGGAAAUGAAAUCUCAUCUAUAGCAGCUGUAUUUGUUUUUGCCAUAUAAAAAUUGGUAGAAUAACUUGAAUUCCCCAAAAGAUGCUCCCAGCACAGUCCAUCUGAAAUUUAUGAAAGGAAUAUAUGUCAUAUAAUAAACAUCAUUUGGAAUUCCAUCUUGUGAUGGUACAAUAAGAAAUCACAAGUUGACAGAAACAUAAAAUGAGGUGUCAUGACUAAAGUUGAGAGGUGUCACUCUUGAUAAAACCUAAUAUUUUUAUGAUAUUUCAAAGGAUCCAAUCCAAGUGAGAACCUAGAAGGAGUUAGGCAGCUAGCAAACAAUGACUCUUUUGGCUGUUUUAUUUUGGCACAUAGAGACUUAUCUUUUUCAUCCAAUGGUGGUUGUCACAUGCGUCUGUUCUAGAAUCCAAACUGCUUCUUGUCACGGUUGGCGGCGGUUCAGACUUAAUGUCACCCAACAUAUUAUUAUAUGAGAGAUAAGAUUAAAAAUACCAAAUCUUAAACAAUGGGACUUAACAUUAGAAACAGGGUAGUUAGGCUCUGGAAAGCCUAAAAAGAAAGGACCAAAAGGGUAAGUGAACACCCCAUAUUUUGUCCCCAAUAAUACAUCCUUGUAUGCAGAAGCUCCUUUACUCUGCAUGUGACUUUGCUUCUGCAUGCUUGGUGCCUUUAUAGAAAAUCUCAUCUUGAUUUGCAGCUUUAGGUGUGAAGGAGAACUAAGCAAUCUCAGCAAAUGGAUGUGAAGAAGUACUGGUUUGGUUCAAGAAGUCAAAGGACACAAGACAUCAAGUUAGGCCGGAGCUACACAAAACCUCACAAAGAUGGCACAAAAACAGUGUGGCAGAUGCUUUGGAGAAAACUGAAAACAUCAGCAGAUAAGAAGAGAGUAUUCAGUUCUCCAACUUCAAUGGAGGGUGUUUAUGAUCCACAAACAUACUCAAUGAACUUUGAUCAAGGAAUGGGAUGGAUGGAGCCAGACAACCUCCCUCGUUCCUUCUCAGCUCGCUUUGCUGAUCCAUCUAGGAUCUUACCACCAAAACAUUUGUUAGAUUGAGAGACAACCUCGUGCAAACACAAAAUUUGAUACAUUUCAUUAUGUAUUUCUGGUCUUGUUUUUUAAUCAGAAUUGGAGUUCCAUUGAUGUGUAAAACUGCAUCUAACUUUUGUGCUUAGUGCCACAUCUACCUGUAACUAUUCUCUCCAAAACUCCACCUCUCUAUGGUCAGAAAAAAACUUGUCUCUUUCUCUUUUUCUUAUUUUAGAGUUCAUCUUUGCAAUUGGGUUGCACAUGGCUAAA